AUGGCUCGUGGAGGAGUCUUCCCAAGCUCACAGACUAAGUGGACUAUUCCACGUAAGGAGCUGGUCGCUGUACACCACGCCCUCACUUGGAUACGUUCUACAUCAACCUACUUACCCAUCAAGACUUGUCUACGUCCUCACCAGUCACCUCUAGAACCCUUGGUACCUAAUCUACCAGCUCGACAAGUCGUUCUCCUAUGUGACAGUGAGAUCACGGUGUAUCGGUUACGACGCCCCAGUAGGGACAAGAAGCUACCUGUCGUUGAACGACGAAGACUGAAGGAGAUUAGAGAGAUGUGCCGACAGUUAGACGUUAUCGUCAAGCACAUACCCUCUGAGUUGAACUAUGCCGACUCGAUAUCACGAGCUAAGAUCAACGACAAGGUCAUUGACGGUACCCACGUCUGCAAGGCGAUGUCUGUCAGCGAAGUGGUUUUUGACUAUAGGGAGAUUACAGAUGACGAGUUGGCUGAGAACGUAGUCGAGACCAACGAUGAAGAACCCUGCUCACAAUAUACCACUUCCCCCGUGGCUAACGCCACGGAACCAACAACUGCAACCACCAACGGCAGGGACGCUCAAUGUAUUCCUACUUCUCCCGUGGCUAACGCCACGAAUACGUCAACAACAACUACUGGUACUAAACUAGUACAGAAGGUUACUACUUCUCCCGUGGCUAACGCCACAACCAACUCUUCAACUGUCGGUGCUCUGGUGAUGACUCUCAACUGUGACGGUAUUGACCUACCCAACUACGGCUCCUUUACUACUGAACAACAAGAAGAACUACGUGAACUCACACGUUAUGCCAAGCCCGUGGAAGAGAUCGACCCAGAGCUACUACAGGAUGGUAACUACGAAGACCGUGUCAGUGCUUGCGUAAUACGUGCGCAAGAAUUGGACGACGACUUGAAGGACUUCAAGAAUCUUCUCCUUGAGAAGGUCACCUACAAGGAACUCGGCAUGAAGGGUGACGUCACCCUAGCCCAGAGCGACUUCGCCAUGCUGAAGAAGAUGACGACGGUGUGA